UUACGCAUAGCCUACACGCCGACUGUCAUUGCUCAGCAGUCAGCAGUUCUCUGUGUACCUGCGCUUGCAAACAGAAGCGGUGCGCGUUACCCAAAUGGACUUGGUGGAUUUUACUUGAGGAACGACAGAAGCAGGGCAGUUUAUACAAUUAGCAAUGUCUCUAAAUUGCAUUGCAUGGAUUUGCGGAUUGUUGCUUUCCCCGUUUUUGAAGAGGUAACAGUAAAGGUGCAUGCAUGACAACAUGGAUUGCCUUUUCCUUUUGCUCUGGAGUUUACAAGUCCCUCUGGUAAGCAGCACAUCAGUGAGAUUUUUGGCGAGUGUGUCGUUUGGGAACUUUAUAAAGGCUCUGCAGUUUUGUUGCUUCCACUCUGUAACAUCAGUCUCAUUUACCGGCGACAGCGGCGUCCUCUAUCAAGAUUAUGAUUUUGCCACACCAGUGGAAGUGGACUCACUUGGAAGCUACAUUUCCCAUGAUUUGUCAAGACAUGGAAGGAGCAGGAGAUCCCUUUCAGAAGCUGGUGGUCCAGUGCACUAUCAUGUCUCUGCAUUUGGCAAGGAAUUACACUUAGACCUGCAGCCGUCCCAUGUGCUGGCAGAGGGGUUUACUGUACAGACUCUGGGUGCAACGGGCAUCAAUACAGCCACCCUUGACCCUUCUAUUCAUAACUGUCUCUAUCAGGGCUCCAUCCGAAACCACUCUGAAUCCUCUGUGGCUAUAUCCACUUGCACAGGUCUGUCAGGUCUGAUCCGGUUCUCCGGCGAGGAACUUCUCAUCACUCCUCUACCGCAGCAUUUGGCUUUACAACACAACUACAGCGCCCCCUCUGGACAUCAUCCACAUGUCAUCUACAAGCGAUCAGCUGAGCGCAGAGUGCACGCUGAUAAGACUGACUGGACCAGCAGUGUUAAAUCAAACAACCCCUAUGAGAACCAUCACCAUCAUCACCACCACCAUCGUCAUCAUGACUACCAGCACGGAAAGCUCCAGAGACAACAUUUCUGCGGACGCCGCAAGCAAUAUACUCCCAAGCCUCCUACAGAGGAUCAUUUUGUCAUGCCUGAUGAGUUUGAGCAGCAAAGCCGGGUGAAGCGCUCAGAGAUUACAUCGAGCAAAGAGGGUGGUCUGAAUGUGGAAACUCUGGUGGUGGCAGACAGGAAGAUGCUGGAGAAACAUGGCAGAGACAACGUCACUACCUACGUCCUUACUGUCAUGAACAUGGUCUCCAGUCUGUUCAAAGAUGGAACUAUUGGAAAUGAUAUCAACAUUGUUGUUGUCAGCCUCCUCCUACUUGAGAAAGAUCCGCUGGGUCUGUCUAUCAACCAUCACGCAGACCAAUCACUCAACAGCUUCUGCCAGUGGCAAUCAGGCCUGAUAGGUAAAAACGGCAAGCGGCACGACCAUGCCAUUCUGUUGACGGGGCUGGACAUCUGCUCCUGGAAGAAUGAACCGUGUGACACCUUGGGUUUCGCUCCAAUAAGUGGGAUGUGUAGCAAAUAUCGUAGCUGCACGAUUAAUGAAGAUACGGGGCUGGGCCUCGCUUUCACCAUCGCCCACGAGUCAGGACAUAAUUUUGGAAUGAUCCAUGACGGAGAGGGGAAUCCCUGCCGGAAGACUGAAGGGAACAUUAUGUCUCCCACAUUGGCUGGGAAUAAUGGUGUUUUCUCCUGGUCUGCCUGUAGUCGGCAAUACUUGAACCGAUUUUUAGGAACAGCUCAGGCUUCGUGUUUAGUGGACGAGCCCAAGCAGAUAGGCCAGUACAAGUAUCCCGAGCAGCUUCCAGGUCAGCUGUAUGAUGCUGAUAUACAGUGCAAAUGGCAGUUUGGCUCGAAAGCAAAACUGUGCAGCCUGGACUUUGUAAAGGACAUCUGUAAAUCAUUGUGGUGCCACAGAACAGGACACCGGUGUGAGACCAAGUUCAUGCCUGCUGCCGAGGGCACCAUCUGCGGACCAGACAUGUGGUGCAGGAGAGGACAGUGUGUCAAAUUUGGUGAUCAUGGUCCUAGAGCAGUGCAUGGCCAGUGGUCAAGCUGGUCCGAGUGGUCUGACUGUUCACGCACCUGUGGUGGAGGAGUCAUGCACCGAGAGCGAUCCUGCAACAGCCCCAGCCCACAGCACAACGGCAAGUUCUGCCAAGGCCCCGGUCGACUGCACCAGCUGUGUAACACCAAGCCAUGCCAGCCCAACGGAGUGGACUUCAGAGCUCAGCAGUGCGCCGAGUACAACAGCAAACCCUUCAGGGGAUGGUACUACAAAUGGAAGCCAUACACCAAAGUGGAAGAAGAGGACAUCUGUAAGCUGUACUGCAUUGCUGAGGACUUUGAUUUUUUCUUCGCUAUGUCCAGCAAAGUCAAAGAUGGGACGUCUUGCUCUGACUACAAAGGAGGGGUGUGCAUUGAUGGGAUAUGUGAGCUGGUGGGCUGUGACCAGGUGUUGGGAUCAAAGGCCGCUUUGGAUGCCUGUGGAGUGUGUAAAGGAGACAACUCCACCUGCAAGUUCUACAGUGGCCAGUACACCCUCCAGCACAGAGCCAACGAGUACUACCCCGUCGUGAUGGUUCCCGCUGGAGCGAGGAGCAUCAGGGUGCAGGAGAUGGAGAUCUCCACCAGCUACCUGGCCGUCCGCAGCCUGAAGCGUGGCACCUAUUACCUGACGGGGGAUUGGACGGUGGACUGGCCUGGCAGGUUCCAGUUCGCAGGCACUACGUUCAACUAUCAGCGCUCUUUCAACCAGCCUGAGACCUUGUACGCCGCAGGCCCCACUAAUGAGACCCUGCUCUUUGAAAUUCUUCUUCAGGGUAAAAAUCCUGGUAUAUCAUGGGAAUACACUCUACCCCAUCCUGAGAAGAAGCACAACUAUACCUGGUCUGUGGUACGCUCUGACUGCUCUGCGCCUUGUGCUGGGGGUCGGGUCUCGACAAAAGCCAUUUGUUUGCAGGAUCAGAACACACAGGUCAACUCUUCACUCUGCAACCCUGAGACCAGACCUGUGGUGGGCUCUCACCUGUGCAACACACAGCCCUGCCCUGCCUACUGGACAACAGGUAAAUGGGGAGUGUGCAGUAGAACAUGUGGAGGCGGGCAGCAGACGCGAAACAUCCGCUGCAUGAGGAAGGUGACGUACCAGCGGGAGGAGGUGGCGGCUCACUCCUUAUGUCCAGUAAUGGCUCCGGCCCAGCUACAGCCCUGCAACACACAGGCGUGUCCUCCGGAGUGGAGCACCGGCUCCUGGUCACCGUGCUCCAAAACCUGUGGGCGAGGUUUGAAGAAGCGCAGUGUUUUCUGCAGGAGCACUGAUCCAGGUGCCAGGGCUGUGGUGGUGCCUGACAGCAUGUGUAAAUUACACCUGAAGCCCAAAGCCCAGGAGACCUGUGUGCUGAGCCGCUGCCCGAAGAAUGAGCGUCUUCAGUGGAUAACUACCACCUGGGGAGAGUGUUCUGCCUCCUGUGGAGCAGGAGUAAGGAAAAGAGAGCUGCAGUGUGGGGAGAAAGACUCCCACGGAGGCUACACAGAGUUCCCUGUGAGGAGGUGCAGGAACCUACUCAAGCCCCAAGCAGACCUCGAGCAAGCUUGUAAUAACGGCCCCUGCCCAGAGCCCCUGCCUCCCCAGAUCCUCCAACCUGGCCCAGACAGGGGUGGCGCUUCCGUGACUCUGGGCUGGUACUCCUCUCCUUGGCUUCAAUGCACAGUGUCCUGUGGCGGUGGGGUGCAGACACGUAGCGUUCAGUGUCUGAGACAAGGGCGUCCGUCGGUGGGCUGUUUACCUCAUCAGAGACCCAUCAGCUCACGGGCCUGCAAUACACAUUUCUGUCCUGGUCCAAUCCCAGUCCCUGUCCCACCUCCCUCACCUACACUUAAAGAAGACCAGCCUUGCAUCGACUUCUUCAGCUGGUGUCAUCUGGUGCCUCAGCAUGGUGUUUGCAAUCACAAAUUCUACGGUCAACAAUGCUGCAAGUCCUGCUCCGCCAAAAGACAGUAAAGCAGAAGAGCCUCCCAGGAGCCUCCUCACUGACUCUGAGAUCUGUAAAUCAUUGUGAUACAGAUGACCACUAUGGACAAAUUUCAUAUUUGUGAGAUGUGGUAAAGAAAGAGGCAUUCCAGUGAACCAUGGACUAUUGAGAGAUAAUGGUAUCUGAGGAAUUCAAAAAACUCUGUAAACUGCACCUGGUUCUGGCUCCAUCAAUGGGGUAUCAUAACUAGAACCGUGGUCCUUCAAUAACCAAUCUGCAGAACAUUAAUAUUGUAAAUAUCUUUGUUUGUUCUCAUAUGAUUGGAGAUGUGACCAUCGGUUAAAGCCAUUAAGAGACUCCCAUCAUCAGUUCAUUUACAUGCUACAUUGAAGAGCAGAAGAUGAACAUUGGUGUGACUGUGCACAUCUGAAGUACUGUAGAAUUUGUGUUAGCUCUUCGAGCUCCAGGCGAACCCAGCAUAUCUGUACAGAGCUGAGGGCCGAUUCACACAGCGUUCCACUGCACUGCUUUUUAAUAAUUUCAUCUAUGUAAAUGUUCUCGAUGGAUGCUUCUUUUUUAACCUCUCGCAUAGUGCUUUGUUUUUAAGACAAGUGUCAAGUUGAAGAAGUUUGACACAGCUCAUAAAUGUCAGUUUCAAAACAGAGGACCAAUCAGAAGAAACCAGGAGCAGGGCAAGCAUCACAAGCGUGUUUACAGAGGACGAGUUUAGCUAUAGCCACGGUGAUUUUAUUAUUAUCGUCAUUUUAUAAACAGUACAUUUCACAGUGAGCAACUCCUUAGCCUGUAAUCAUUUAGUCUGAAGGUGUGGUCACAUCAGUGAAAUUUCAGUGAAAUUUUGCAUCAAAAUUGUCCCUUGUCUAAUCUAAAUAGUGUAGAACACAGAAGUGACUUUUUUGUUGGUCAACUUGAAACCUGUUUCAAAAUCUGUGUGGAGAAAUCUGUUGGAUUCCUGUUGAAAUGACUGGAUUUCGCCUAUGACGAAUUUGCUGAACAGCGUGACCGCACCUUAAUACCGCCUGCUUGAAUCAGUGAAUUUGUCAAAUCUGUGUUUUUGGUGCAAUAAGAAGUGCAGCGCACUUUUUCAUUCCAUCAUUGUUUUUUUCCUCAAAAACAAUUAAACUUUAUAUUUUAUUAGUUUAUGUGUUUCUAUUCUUGUAUAUUCACAAACUAACUUCAACUUUUUUCCACUGGUCAAGUUCCUCCUGUCAAGAGACAAUCCAAAUCUCCACCAUGCGGGCUUCUGUGUUUAAUAGACAUUUUAAAAUGCACCGAUUUUCUCAGUGGAACUGCUGUGACCUGAAAGGUUGAGUCACAAUCCCGUCUGAUCGCCACAGAGGACUAAAAACAGACAAGACAGAUUUAUCAUUAAUGAAGAUCAGUGCUUCCGCUGAAAUAUGUAGUGGCUCCAUUGGCGGAAGAACUAUGUUUGUGUAUGGCUGCCAGUAUGUGUGUUUAAUUUGUCUGCGGUUCAUGCAGCUCCGUCUCCCACACGGCGUACGAGAGGGCCAAGCUCGUCCCAGAUGUGUGUCAGAGAGAGUAGAGUAGGUUGCUCUCAGUCACUUUGUAGGGACCAAUUAGUGUGCAGGAGUGAGUGUCAUGUUCAGGAGGAGGAGAAGCUAACAAACCCGAGCCUCUCAGGACUUGGGACCUCAUCUCAGUUUACUUUGUUAGUGCUCUUCAUCUCUUUUUCUAUCUGUCUGAGUGCUGCGGUUGUUGGGCCACUGUUUUGUGCUUAACCGAAGAGCGGAGUCUCACCUUAGUAAUUCUUUCACAGGGUUUGGGUAUGACGGUCCUGCUCUAACAAUAAACAUCGGAGCAGAUGGCACUUGAGGUGUAGCGGAAGCACUCAUUCUGUCCUCAAUUCAUUCCAAACACUUCAUUAACAGUCCCCAACCCCUUGAAGGGACAUUUGCAUACACUAAUAAGUGCAAAAGGUCACUUUUAAAAGUAGAUGUUGCACUGCAGGGUGCUCUGUCCUUUUUUGCUCAAACCGUUUUUAAAGGGUACUUUGGUUUAUUAGUUGUACUGUAACUUCUGGAUCUGCAUUAAUGAACUCUCGGUCUCUUACGGUGCGUUUCAUUUGUUCCUUGACUUUAAAAGUGUUCCUAAUAACGAACAAAUGGAAAAAGACAUUGUUUAGCCUUGUUGUGAUGUUAUGUAUGUUGUACAAAUGUCUUUCAUCACUGUCUGAAUUGAAAAAGUGUGUAAUUUAUUACUAUGUCCAAAUAGUUCCUGGGCUACAGUGUUGUCUGGAGAGGAGCUUUCUGUAUGAUACCACACUGUAAGUGUGAUAUUUAAUAUUUUCACUGAAAGUUUUAUAAUAAAAAGUAUUUGAUUUACUGUA